CUCUCUUGGGGUUUAAAAAGGGAACUGAAACACAGUUCACUGUUCAGACCCAAAAGGCGAACCAAGAACUGCUCAUCAUAGACGGCAAAAUACCACUUAUGAAAAGCAAUAACAGGCUCACAAUCACCAUAAAAGCAUGACUGCUGCAGGAAGUUUCCAUUCACAUCCGAUUCUGCACCUUCUUUUUCUUCUGCUUUAUAUUAACCCUUUGUUGGCUUUUUUGCUGAAAAGUUGCACUAUUCUCUAUCAGAAGAUUCCCUGUGAUGAUGUUUUUUUGGACUGUGCAUCCAGGGAACUUGUGGUUAUUCCUAAUGACAUUCCCAAAGAUUCUGCCGUCGUAAAACUCAACAGCAACCAGCUGAAGAAGAUUAACAUAGAUGAUUUUUGCAAUUUGUCAAAGCUGAAAAUUCUGGAUCUGGGAGACAAUCAAAUUUCUGAUGUGGACGAUGGUUCUUUUAAGGAUUUAGUUACUCUAAAAACACUUAAAUUAACCCAGAAUACCCUCACCACCCUGACUAAUAACAUAUUUCAGGGUCUGUCCAACCUUACUGUGCUCGACCUGAGUAACAACAACAUUCACUUCAUUCAGCCCUUCGCUUUCAAAGACUUAACAAACCUACAAAAUCUGGAUUUAGGUCGCAAUAAGAUCCAACAAGUUAGUGACAUUCAACAGAUCUUCCAGCUACCGCAAAUACAGAUGGUUAACCUUACACACAAUCUGUUCUCCUCCUUCGAGACCAAACACUUGCUUCACAAUUUUACCUCAAAUCUAGAAGAGCUAAUUAUUUCCUCACCUAACAUGAAAACUUUCAGCAUCUCAACACCAAUAUUUCCAAAUCUCACAAAAUUAGAUCUUGCUGUGUCUAGAAAUUGUACCUUCCUGAACUGGGACAUACCUGACAAAACUUUACUCAGGAACAUAACACAUUUAUACACCAGUCAACCUUGUCUUUCCUUCAAAAGUUUUCAAAAAGUCCUGCGAAGUCUUGACUCACUGAAUCACCUGAGACUAAAUAACAUGGACAGAUUCAUUAAGAAGGAGCUUCUAUCUACAGUUUGCAUAAUACCAACGUUGAGGAAACUGGAUUUAUUUUACAACUAUCUGAAUAAUUUGACGUUAAAGCUUGCACUUUGCUCCCAGCUCACAGAGCUUGACCUCGGAGAAACACACAUAAAAGAACUAUCAAAAGGUUCAAUAAAGUCGAUGACGAUUCUACAAACGCUGAGUGUGAGAGCCAAUCAGCUGUCAGAAGUGCCGUAUGACAUAAGGAACCUUCCCACGCUUAGAAUCCUAAAUAUCGAACUUAAUCAAAUCACCAAACUGAGCUGUAACAAUUUUGUAAAUACCACCCACCUUACAGAGCUUUACCUGCAGAAUAACUACAUUACCAAGCUGAAAAGGUGCGUGUUUGGAAACCUGAUAAACCUGAAGAUUUUAAAUCUGAGCAAAAAUAACCUGCGAAAACUUGAAAAUGUAUUUAAAUUAACCCUUCAUAGGCUUGAGGUCUUGAAUAUAAGUGACAACAAAGUGACGGACUUAGAAACGGGUGUUUUUCAAGGUUUACAAUCUAUAAAACAUUUAAAUGUGGCAUCAAGGUCUAUUGAAAGAGUGAAACUUGCAACAUUUAAAGGAAUAAACAAUGUCCAAGCCCUUACUGUGUCACUUACACACAGGUAUGAACCAGAUUUCAGAGGAUUAAAGCGCUUAGAAAAUUUAACAAUCUACCUAGAGAGGGUCCCCUUGUUAAGAACUGAUGAGUUAAUGAAUUACGGCACUUUUUCAAAGACUGUGCUAAAGUCUUUGAAAAGCAUCGCUGUCAUCUGCACACACAAUCACCAAGAUUUUCCUCUGAAUGUACCCAUUUCAUUGCUCCAGUCUAUGAAACAUCUGGAGGAUUUUACAGCUGAAAAUGUCUAUGUAAAUGCUCCAUUUGCAGACAUUUUUCAGUUCAACCCACAACUCAAGAGUGUGACAUUUCUAAAGACUGAUUUGUCCAAUUUGGAUCCAAAUCUCUUUCAAAAAAUCCCAAACCUGCAGGCUCUUGAUCUCUCUAACUGUAAGAUCAAGGCUUUGGAUUUUAUGGUGCAGGCAAAUCUUUCUGCUCUCAGAUAUCUGAAACUGGCUGAGAAUGAAAUCAGUGUUAUUAACGAAACAGUCUUCCACUCUCUCCCCUUCCUAACGUACCUGGACCUGAGCAAGAACCCGUUCACCUGCGACUGUUCAAACGCAGGUUUUAUCCUAUGGGCAAAGUAUCAAAAGCAAACACAAGUGGCAAACACCCAUCAGUAUAUCUGCUUCUUUCCUGCGGACAAACGAGGAAGCUUGCUGUUUGACUACGACACCCUGUCCUGUUGGGACGAUUCCAGCUUCUUCUGCUUCGUUUCCAGCUCUUGUCUGGUUGUUCUAACUCUAAUUACAUCUUUUGUCUAUAACUUCCUGAGGUGGCAACUAGGCUACACCUUCCACCUCUUCCGAGCCUUUCUCUACGACAGCAGGAAAAGGAAAGAGGGAGAAGAUUAUCAGUUUGACGCCUUUGUGUCCUAUAAUGUCCAUGAUGAGGGCUGGGUUUACAGAGAGAUGCUUCCGAUGUUGGAGGAGAAACAGGGCUGGAAACUCUGUCUGCACCACAGAGACUUCCAACCAGGUAAGCCCAUCAUAGAGAACAUCACUGAUGCCAUCUAUGGAAGCAGGAAAACCAUCUGUGUGAUCAGCCGCAGCUACCUGCAGAGCGAGUGGUGCUCCAGAGAGAUCCAGAUGGCCAGCUUUCGUCUGUUUGACGAGAAGAAGGAUGUGCUGAUUCUGCUGUUUUUGGAGGAGAUCUCCGCUCAUCAUCUUUCUCCAUAUUACCGUAUGAGGAAGAUGCUGAAGAAGCGCACCUACCUGAGCUGGUCUGCACAGCAUCCAGGAGUUUUCUGGCAGAACGUCCAGAGAGCUCUGCAGGCAGGAGACGCUCCUGAAAACUCAGACAUGCUGACGGGACCAACAGGACGCUGAGAAAAGUCACAGAAUUGUAAAAACAUUACCUUUGUAGAUGCAAAACUUGUUUUACAAUACUCAUCCAUUGAUGCACAAAAUUACAACAUGGGCUACAUUCAAAUAGCAGGGAAAAGUGACCCAAAUCUGCUUUGUUUUCCCACAUGUGACCUACAGUAUAUCUGAAUGUUUCACUGCAGUCUUAACACGAAUCCUUACCAAGUAACUUUGGUCUAAUUAGUGAAAAUAUCUUAGUACACUUGAAAUUAAAUUAACUUACAACUAACUUUUCAGCAAGGUACAGCAGCUUGUUUUAAGUCAAGAGUGCAGAAAAAGUACAAGUUCUAUUGGCAGCUCAUUUUACUUGUAACAAGACAUUUUUGCCAUGUUAUAAGUGAAAUAAUCUGCUGGAACUAGUACUUUUUCAACAAUAUUAAGAAUUUAUCGACUUAAAACCAGCUCAUAUAUCUUGCUGAAAAGUUAUUU